CUAAACCCAACACUCACCUGAAUUUAUUUUUCAGCUUUUUGUGCAGGUCUUUUGAAGGAAAUGUCCUUGAUUAAAAUGAAAUUGAGAAUCAUCACUCUGUUGUCACUCCUGCCUCUGGCCUCAGCCUAUAACAGGAAGGUCUUUUUAUUCCCUGUGGAGUCUGACAAUUCCUAUGUGCAUCUUACCCCGAAGAAACCUCUAAAUUUACAGGCCUUCACACUCUGCAUGCGCGUCUCUACUGAACUCAGUAGACAGCGAGAGAUCAUUCUGUUUGCUUAUGAGACGACAGAAGGUGAUGAGCUCAAUGUGUGGCAAGAAAAAGAUGGAAGACUCUCUCUUUACCUGAGAAGCAGCAGUGAUGGUGUUCUGUUCACUCUACCGCCUCUGUCCCCUCUCUCCACUCAGCUGUGUGUCACCUGGGACUCGAGCACCGGAGCCACUGCAUUCUGGGUGGACGGACGCCGCAGCAUGCUGAAAAUCUACAGCCGUGGCCAUAGUGUGAGAUCAGGUGGCACUAUAAUUCUUGGACAGGAUCCUGACUCAUACCUGGGGAAGUUUGACAUUAAGCAGAGCUUUGUGGGUGAAAUUACAGACGUAAAUAUGUGGAAUUAUGUGCUAAGUGCAGAUCAGAUUACGCAGCUGUAUGGAAAUCAAUACAGUCCUCAGAGUGGGAAUGUGCUCGACUGGAAUUCCCUUCAGUACAAAGUUUAUGGGAACAUAAUUGAGUUGUCAGCAGAUGUCUAGCCAAAAUACCUGACACGUUUUUUUCUUUUCUUUGCUUUUUAUGUCCAAUUAAGUGGGUAAUUCUAAUUAAAUACUGAAUAAUCAGUGUCUGUGAUUAAAAUAUAAAAAAGUUUUUUAGAAAAAUAUCCUUACUCUGAAAGGAGAACAUAUUAACACAAAUGCAUAUGAACACAGUCUUGAGUUGUUCCCUCAGUUCUUCACUGUACUAAAACAGACAAGUUUUAAUUAGUUCACUGUUGGUUUUAAUGUUUUUUUGUUUUCCAUGUUUGCAUUUCUAUCUAUUCCUG